AUGGACCUGGAUUUGCUUCAGCAAGCUCCUAUUUUCGUUCCCACUGUGGAGCAGAGAGUCAAGAUGCAGGGGCUGAUCCUCGCCUCGUUUGCCCUCUUGCAGCCUUUUUCGGGGCUCUGGGGCUCUGCUGAGCAACCCCAAAGCGGCCUCACCAGGUGCCACGGAUCCGGGGCCUGCUACAGCGUCCACCUACGCCGCAUGAACUUUCACCAGGCUCAGAGUGCUUGCGCCCAGCACAGAGGAGGCCUGAGCACGGCUAGCGGCAGCAGCGAAGUCGGGGCCAUCCUCGCUCUGCUGAGAGGACUCGCCAGCGAGACGGGGGUCUCUUUGUUUUGGCUGGGCCUGGUUAAGAAAGCCCAGCAGUGCACCUUUCCAGACCUGCCGCUUAGGGGGUUCUCCUGGGUCUCCCCCGGGCUUCACGAGGCGACGGCGAACGGCACCGCGACGCCGCCCAGCUGGCUCAGAGAGCCGAGCAAGUCCUGCACCAUGCAGAGAUGCGCCGGGCUGCAAGUCAACCUGAGUCAGCCGCACUCGAAGCCGUGGGGCCUGAAGGACCACGGAUGCACCAAGGCAAGCCCUGGUUACAUCUGUAAAUACAGCUACGCGGGCACGUGCGCCGCGCUCCACCCGGCUUCUGGCGUCCGCGGCCUGGCCUAUAGGCUGCCUUUUCAACUUCAAAGCGCGGCCGUAGAAUUCAGUCCCCCCGGCACUGUGCUUACCAUAAGGUGCCCCGGGAGAGAGGCGCGUUUCACCUGCCACCUGUCGCCCAACGGCUCCCAUUGGGAAGGCACCGAGCAGCGGCUGUGCUCCUGCCCCAGCGGCUACUGGAGCCCGAGCAGCGGAGACUGUGCGGAAUUUACGGAUUGCUUUAGCGCCCAAGGCGAGUUCCGUUGCUUAUGCGCUUGGAGAUCCCGCUUGGCGGCAAACGAAGAGAGUUGCGUCGCGCCAGCCAGAGAUGGUGCAGCGACGGCGAAGCCAACUCCGUCUACUCCGAGGGCGACGGGAACUUUCCUUGGGAACAGCACCAGCGGUCCAAAUGUCUCGCUUCUGGAGUCAUUUUCUCCCCGGAACGUCAACAGCACCACCACGCAUUUGGCUUCUCCAAACGCCUCCAACUAUAUCUUCAUCCUGAUCACGGUGGCGGUGGUGAUGCUUCUGAUUCUGGUCAUGGCCACGCUCCAGGUCUUCCAGAUCUGCUUCAAGAGCUGUGCUUCCAAGGGUUCUCAGCCCCCAAAAGAUGGGGAUGUAGCUGCAGAAGGCGAGCCAGAAGCCUCUGCCAUCCACACCAACUCUGAACAUUCCCUGGGACCCAGCAAAGCAGAGUCCAUAGCUUCUCAGGAAGAUUUCAAGCCAGCUGAAUUGGGGCAACCAUAAGGAGUCCAGAAAGACAUGUUAGAACAUUUGGAGAGGAAAUCUGGUGGUGGGGAGGACAUAUUCUUUUAAAUAUAAUAAUUAUUAAAUGUUUACGGGUUACAUAUGCAGAAAUAGAAGUUACACUUUUGUUUGAAGGAAACUGUGUUUUGUUUGACCUAUUUGAUGAAUUAGGGGUUGCUUUCUUUGAAGUGCCCUAGGCAACAUUGAUCAGAAAUUUCCCCCCCCCCCCCCACUCCUAGAUUACUCCCCAAAAUAGAAGAGCUAAGAGGAUAAGUAAUGGCAGUGAAUACUUCUUGCAGUGAUGUUGUCACUCACCUAUCCAGCUAGGUAAUUGAAAAAUGGGGUGGCUGCAAGUGACUGUGCUGUGUUAAGGCCACCACGUACUUGAUUGUAUAAUCUCUCCCCCUCCCUCUCCCUCCUUGUUAUUGCAGCUGAGACCACUUUGUAUUGGUGGAGUGUUGAACAGUGCUGUAUUGCCUAGAGGGAAGUUCAGGGAGUCACUGCUAAUUUUACCUACUCUUGCUGUAUCUUGCAGGCAUUUGGACUGGGUGCGCAGGCCCAGCUGUCACUGCCAUAUUGCCUGUAGGGAAAGGAGAACAAGCUAGAAGAAAUGAUUAUGGAUGUAAGAAGUCACUCUUGUAUGUGUGUCUCUUUUGGAUAGUGCAAAAAUUAUGAUUUUGGAGGAUGGGUAGACAUUUACCACCAAGAAGCAAAGGGUGGAGGGGAACUAUUUAUGAUUUGUGUACACCUUCACUUUUAUCAACUUUCUUAAUUUUAAUGCCCCAAAUAUAACUCUCAGUUUUUAAGGUAUUAAUGGUAAAAGUUAAUCAGAAAUCAAGGGAGUGUUGGAAGUGCAUUGCAUCUCAUUCCAAUUUGCUGGGUGCUCGUCUAACACAGUAACUAUAUAGUUGUCUUUUUGGGAAUGUGUCCCAUUGAAUUAAACAGAACAUAUUCCAGAUAGACAUACAGGAUUGUUGCCCAAGGUAAUCUUAUUUUGAAUGUUUCAUUUCCUGCAGUUCUUACUAGUCACUCAGGUGUCAUGACUAUUCUACCAUACAUGCAUGUCCAGAUCAAUCUGACUGAAAAAAGGAUCUGAAAUAUACAGUUCAGUGGCUUGAUAGACUCCUUUAAAGGAAUAAGUCUUGAUCAGUGCUUAAUUUUUAUAAUGUAAAGUUUUAUAUGUUCCUACUUGCUUAAGUGGAAAUCCCCAAAACAUAGAAGGGGCAGUUUUCAAAUGUUUCUCAUGAUUAAAUGUGUCAGGUAAUGACCAGGAAGAGACCCUUGGCAUCUAACUUAUUCCCUGGGAGAAUCAUUCCUUGGCUGUAUUAUGGAUUCUUUUUCCAAAAUGGAUGAAGACCUUUUUGUU